AUGCCGGGCGACACGGAAAACCCGCGGAAGCGCUCCAUGACCGACGGCUCAGAGAACCAUACGGAUGGCGAGCAGCGCCACAAAUUUCUGCGGCAGCAUUCCCAAGGUGACAGACUCUGUGUUGGCCCCCUCCACCCAGACCUGGUGGUGGCUGAGACGCCGUCACCCGAUGCCUCCCAUCACUUCUGCCACUAUACGCCCAAAUGUCUUCUUACCGUUCAUAGGGGACAGUCUGGCACAUCCGGCCGGUCUACUCCCUCACGAUAUGGUGAGGAGGGUUGGCAUGAAGGUACCACCAAGACCACCAUCAGAGCCGAGAAUGAGGUGGAGGCAAACCGAGAAGCCAACAACUACAAGUUUGGCUUCAGAAAGUGGAAAGGCAAUGUCACCGAGAGGCCCCUCGAGGACCGGUCCGAUGUUGUGAGGGAGCUCCACUCUGAUCUCAGCAUUCUCAAGUCUGAACCAGGCUCUGUGGUCACAUGUGGGAACGUAGCCUAUGUGUUUUUAUUUGGAUGGUGGCUCUCCUUCAUCUACUUCCUGAUCUGUCCCGUGAUGUUCAUGACUGUCUGUGGCGCUCCCUAUGGGAAACUGUGCUGGAAGUUGACGGGGUACUUCAUUUGGCCAUUUGGGAAAUCCAUAGAGAAGGCUGGCGAUGGAGAGAAAAGGUGCUGUUUGAAGAUCCCCACCUGUGAGGUGAUCCCCGAGGAGGGAGACAGUGAGGACAGCGGCGACUUCACCACACCAAAGGAGUCUGCUCCCCUCCUAGUGUCUUCGCCUGUCCCCAUUGAAGUGCCUGUCCCGGCAAAAAAGCCCUCCAGCCAUUGGUGUCGCUUUAGCACCUACGUGUGGCUGUUGUUGGGUUACCCUCUCCUGGUUGUGGCCCACUCCUUGGCCUGUUUGAUGGCCUGGCUCCUGGUCUUCACCAUCCCUGUAGCCAAGAUGAACGCCCGCACCCUGGGCAGCAUACUCCUCAUGCCGCCAGAAGAUGUUCACAUCCACACAAUUAAAAAUGACCAAGGCUGUGAACAUAAGGUCCUCCUAUGCUGCUACCAUGCCUUCAACAUCUACUACUACAAAUACACCGUCCAGGGGAUCAACAUCUUUGCUCUCAAUCUGCUUCCAUUUGUAGCAAUCACUCUGCUCAUUGGCUACUUGGAUAAAGGCAACCAUUACACCAGUGUGGAGACCAAGUUUGCCCUAGCCAUUGCUUCCAUCAUUCCUCUGUCCUAUUACAUUGGCAUGGGAAUUGCCAGCAUUUCCGCACAGAGUAACUUCGCGGUGGGGGCGGUGGUGAAUGCUACUUUUGGCUCCAUCACAGAGAUGACCUUCUACAUCACAGCCCUGCUCCAAGGCCAUCGUGCCGGAACCAAGUGUUAUGAGGAGAUUGUCAAGGCUGCGCUCGCUGGGACUCUGCUUGGCUGCAUCCUCUUCAUACCCGGUAUCUGUAUGAUUAUUGGGGGCAUUAAACAUAGAGAGCAGCGAUUCAACAGCCGGUCAGCGGGGGUGAGCUCAGCCUUGCUCUUCAUAUCUAUUGGGGGUGUGUUUGCUCCCACCCUCUUCUCCAAGACCUAUGGUAGUCUGGUGUGUGAAGGCUGCACCAACACCCAAGGCAAUACUAGCACACCCUUCAUCUGUAAAGACUGUCACUACGACACGAUUGAAACCAAACAGCAGUUGGUGCUCUCCCAUAUCGAGCCCCUGGUGUACACCAUCUCUGUGCUGCUGCCUGCUGCCUACCUGAUCGGCCUCAUCUUCACACUAAAGACCCACUCUCACAUUUAUGAUAUCCAAAUCAGUGAUGGCCACGGGGGCCAUGGACAUGGCCAUGGCCACCAUGUAGUCCACUGGUCCCGAUGGAGGGCUCUGGCAGUGCUAAUCAUUGCUACGCUCCUGAUGGCUGCCUGCGCUGAUCUCACCACUGAGAACAUCCAGCCUAUCCUGCUUCACUCCUCCAUUUCACAGUACUUCAUUGGUGUCACAGUGCUGGCCAUGGUCCCUGAGCUACCCGAGAUUGUCAACGGGAUCCAGUUUGCCUUGCAGAACAACAUUAGCCUAAGCCUUGAAGUGGGAAGCUGUAUAGCUGUACAGGUUUGCAUGAUUCAGAUCCCCCUGCUCAUCCUCUUCAAUGCAUUUUAUGAUGUGGGUUUCGUGCUUGUGUUCAGUGAUAUCCACCUCUGGGCCAGCAUCUUCAGUGUCAUUCUGGUCAACUACAUCUUCAUGGAUGGGAAAUGUGACUAUUUUCAGGGUACAGCUCUUGUGGUGGUCUACCUCAUCCUUCUGGCUCUGUACUUCUUUGCACCCUCCCCGCGCUCUUGUUGA